AGUAUAAAACUUCUCUGCUGCAAACACAUGGCACAUUAAAACACUCUUUUUCUCUGUCUUUGACAUUAGAAGCUUUAAAUGCUUCACUUUACUCUCUCUGACACUACCCAGAAGGCAUAGAAGACUUAUAGAAUAGAACUAACCACACUUCACAACACAAACACUAAUUAUUUAUGCUUUUCUCUCUCCCGCACUUUCCACUCUUCAGUCUUCAACGGUUCAACCCAAUUCUCAUUCUCUCUCUGUCUCUCUCCCUCUUCCAUUAAUGGCUUCUCUUCCCUCGAGGCAUUCUUUAUUAUAGCCCUUGCGUCCCUUUCGCCGUUUUCCCUGGGAAUCAAUAUCAAAUUUACCUUCUUUUCAAAUUUCACUCCAUACCCUCUUCAAAAAAUCAUUUUUCCCCCUACCCUUUGUUUUCUUACCUACCUGCCCAUCAAAUUUCAUAACUGAGAACACAUUCCUACUCUCUCAGUAUUCAUUCUUCUGUGUGUGAGUGUUGUUCUUGGAUGGAGUGAUUUUGAAAUUCUGAACAGGAAAAAAAAAGAAGAAGAAAAGCCAAAAGGGAAUUUCCUGAAGUUUUGUUUUUCUCUUUUUUGAUCCUCACAUGGCUUUUGUCUAAUCCUUUAUUUAUUUAUUUUUUCCUUUUACCCCUUUUGUUUCUUUCUAGUUUCUACUCCUUCCUUUUUGUUUAUAUUCACUGAGAUUUGCAUACUUGCAACUUCUGUUUCCAUUCCGUGUCCUUUUCUGAGCUACUGUGCCUCCAGUUAAGAAGAAACUUCCCCUUCUGUUUGUGAGGUUUGGUGGUGCAUAUGUUGUUCUUAGUUAGGACCUACCAAACUUUCCUACCCUAUAUGCAACCAAAUGAUAACAGUGUUGUUCUUAUUAAGGGGUAGAAUUUUGUUGAAAUUUGAACACUUCUCCUCAUAAGAUCAAUCAAUAUAAAAUAGGAUGCAAUUCAGCAUGUGUGUGUUGUUUCUGAUCCUCCUUGCACCGGUUAUGUUGGUGUUUUCUGUGGACCCUGGUUUCAAUGAUGAUGUGUUGGGGUUGAUUGUGUUCAAGGCUGGUUUGGAUGACCCCAAAAGGAAACUCUCUUCUUGGAAUGAGGAUGAUAACAGCCCUUGCAACUGGGAAGGUGUGAAGUGUGAUCCUUCAUCUAAUAGGGUCACUGGUCUUGUUCUUGAUGGUUUCUCUCUUUCUGGGCAUGUUGAUAGGGGCUUGUUGAGGUUGCAAUCCCUUCAAAUUCUCUCACUUUCAAGGAACAACUUCACUGGGCCUAUAAACCCUGAUCUUCACCUCCUUGGGAGUUUACAGGUUGUGGACUUGAGUGACAACAACCUCUCUGGGGAGAUCGCAGAAGGGUUUUUCCAACAAUGUGGUUCUCUAAGAACAGUUUCAUUUGCCAAGAACAAUCUCACUGGUAAGAUUCCCGAGUCCUUGAGCUCAUGCUCCAAUUUGGCAAGUGUUAACUUCUCCUCUAAUCAGCUCCAUGGGGAAUUGCCUAAUGGGGUGUGGUUUUUAAGGGGGCUGCAGUCACUUGAUCUGUCAGAUAACUUGCUUGAGGGAGAGAUUCCUGAAGGGAUUCAGAAUUUGUAUGAUAUCAGGGAGUUGAGUCUUCAGAGGAACCGGUUCAGUGGAAGGCUUCCUGGGGACAUUGGAGGGUGCAUUCUUCUGAAAUCACUUGACUUGAGUGGUAAUUUUCUCUCUGGGGAGCUGCCUCAGUCAUUGCAAAGACUCACUUCAUGCACAUCACUUAGUCUGCAGGGAAAUUCAUUCACUGGAGGCAUUCCUGAAUGGAUUGGAGAAUUGAAGAAUCUAGAGGUGUUGGAUCUUUCUGCCAAUGGAUUCUCUGGUUGGAUUCCAAAGUCAUUAGGGAAUCUUGACUCUUUGCAUAGAUUGAAUUUGUCCAGGAAUCAGUUGACAGGAAACUUGCCUGAUUCCAUGAUGAACUGCACUAGGCUUUUGGCUCUUGACAUCAGUCACAAUCACUUGGCAGGCUAUGUUCCUUCAUGGAUUUUUAGGAUGGGUGUGCAAAGUAUCUCUCUUUCUGGGAAUGGCUUCAGCAAGGGCAAUUAUCCUUCACUCAAGCCCACACCUGCAUCUUAUCAUGGUCUUGAGGUUUUGGAUUUGUCAUCCAAUGCAUUUUCUGGCGUGCUUCCAUCUGGCAUUAGGGGACUUAGUAGCCUCCAAGUCUUUAAUAUUUCCACCAACAAUAUCUCUGGUUCUAUUCCUGUGGGUAUAGGAGACCUUAAGUCUUUGUACAUUGUUGACCUAAGUGACAACAAGCUUAAUGGAAGCAUUCCUUCUGAAAUAGAAGGGGCAACUUCACUCAGUGAGCUAAGGCUGCAAAAGAACUUCUUGGGUGGGAGAAUUCCAGCCCAAAUUGACAAGUGCUCAUCUCUAACAUUUUUGAUACUUUCUCACAACAAGCUUACUGGUUCAAUCCCAGCAGCCAUUGCAAACCUCACCAAUCUUCAGUAUGUAGAUUUGUCAUGGAAUGAACUCUCUGGAAGUUUACCAAAGGAGUUAACAAAUCUUUCCCAUCUUUUCUCAUUUAAUGUAUCCUACAACCACCUUGAAGGUGAACUACCUGUCGGAGGCUUCUUCAACACCAUCUCCUCCUCAUCUGUCUCCGGUAACCCGUUGUUGUGUGGUUCUGUCGUCAACCACUCCUGUCCAUCUGUUCAUCCCAAACCUAUUGUCCUAAACCCCAAUUCUUCUGGUUCCAACUCCAGCAUUUCCUCGCAGAACCAUCGGCAUAAGAUCAUACUAAGUAUCUCCGCUCUUAUUGCUAUUGGAGCAGCUGCUUUUAUUGCCAUUGGUGUUGUGGCUGUUACUGUCCUAAAUAUCCACGUUCGUUCCUCAAUGGAACAUUCAGCUGCUCCUUUUGCAUUUUCUGGUGGUGAGGACUAUAGCUGCUCACCGGCAAAUGAUCCAAACUAUGGCAAGCUUGUCAUGUUUUCUGGUGAUGCAGACUUUGCUGAUGGAGCUCAUAAUCUUCUCAAUAAAGAAAGUGAAAUAGGCCGUGGUGGAUUUGGAGUUGUUUAUCGAACUUUCCUUCGUGAUGGGCAUGCGGUUGCAAUCAAGAAGCUCACAGUCUCCAGUUUGAUCAAGUCCCAAGAAGACUUUGAUAGAGAAAUUAAAAAACUUGGGAAUGUCAAGCACCCGAAUCUCGUGGCACUUGAAGGUUAUUAUUGGACUUCAUCCUUGCAGCUCCUUAUUUAUGAGUACCUAUCCAGUGGGAGUUUGCAUAAAGUUCUACAUGAUGAUAGCAGCAAAAAUGUCUUCUCUUGGCCACAAAGGUUCAAGAUCAUUCUUGGCAUGGCAAAAGGGUUGGCCCAUUUGCACCAAAUGAACAUAAUCCACUACAAUCUUAAAUCAACCAACGUGCUGAUUGAUUGUUCUGGUGAGCCAAAGGUCGGAGACUUUGGCUUGGUGAAACUCUUGCCAAUGCUAGACCAUUGUGUUUUGAGCAGCAAAGUUCAAAGUGCACUCGGAUACAUGGCACCCGAGUUUGCUUGCCGUACAGUCAAGAUAACUGAGAAAUGUGACGUAUAUGGUUUCGGGAUCCUGGUGCUGGAGAUCGUGACAGGAAAAAGGCCUGUGGAGUACAUGGAGGAUGAUGUGGUGGUUCUUUGUGACAUGGUGAGGGGUGCAUUGGAAGAAGGCAAGGUGGAGCAAUGUGUUGAUGGAAGGCUCCUUGGUAACUUUGCAGCAGAGGAAGCAAUUCCUGUGAUAAAAUUGGGGUUGAUUUGUGCAUCACAAGUGCCAUCAAACCGUCCAGAAAUGGCUGAGGUAGUCAACAUAUUAGAGUUAAUCCAAUGCCCUUCAGAAGGACAAGAGGAAUUAGAAUGAGUUUUGUUUGUUGCAGUCUUUGAGAAAACAACACAUAUUGCAGUACCUGGUGAAGUACAAUCCGGUUAAAAAAGCAGCUAUACAUGCAAAGAAUAUUAGUAUUAUUCAGUCAAUUUCUUCCCAACUUUUGUUUGUUAAGAUGUUGAAAUUUUCUACCUGUUUUUUUUUUUUGGUCUCUUAAAUUUUGUUCUUCUCUUAAUGUAUUAUUGGAUUUUUCUUCACCAGUUGUGACGGCUGAUACAAGGAUAUAUAUCAUAUGAUUAUCAUAUAUCUCUUAA